GGACACUCAUAAUAUCAAGGUCCUCAUGGCCAUCUUGGCACUUUUCUUCCCUCUUUAAAUUCUGAAAACAAACUUGCAGAGUAAGAGUUUAUCUGAUUACAGCUAUGAUUGUUGUUUGUUGAACACAUGCUACAUGCUAGGUGUUGCCCUCAGACCGGGGAUACAGCUAGGCUGAAUGAAUACCCAGCUUUGCCUGAGACUGUUCUGGUCUUAGCACUGGAAGUCUGGUGUCCUGGGAAACUGCUUGGUCCUGGACAAACCAGGAGGGCUGGGCACCUUGGACACAACAGUGAACCAGGUAGUCUUUGCGCUCAAGGAACUCACAUUCAAGCUGGGAGGUCCAGAGACAGACACAAAGCUGAAAAAAAAUAAACAAGAGGCACAAUUUGACAUACAGAGUGGCAUCAAUUUAGAAGGAAUGUGAAAUAUUUAUUUGUAUACUGGUUCAUCUGCUCAUUUUGAAAAAGGAGAUGGCUUCUUCUUUAUCUAGAGGAUGAAAGAGAGGGCCACCCCAGGACAUCAUUUUGCUUCCAGAAGGAUCACUGCUUACCUCCUUAGAGUGGGUAUGCAUAAAGCGGGGAGGUUCCCAUUGCUCUGAGGUAAAAGAAUGGAAGGACUGUCCGUCUGGCUUACCUAGCCUGCCCUUCACAGAACCUGGUGGCCUCGGGGACAGGGUUUUCAACCUUCCAAAGAGGCCACAUGGACCAGGAAGAAGUGGAUGGCGACUCUAGCCCUGCCCCUUUGAGAGUCAGCAGGGUCAGAAGCUUUCUGAUGGGUAGGGGUAAUCCUGAUUGAGGGCUGAGUAGAAAAGACAACACAGCUUCCCAAGUGAGCUGACCAGGAGCGAUGGUGGGCUAGACCCAGCCCCAGGACCUGGGAGCUCUCGCACUCGGUGGUCUUGGUCACUGCUGGGUCAAUGGUAACCAGCUUGUCCAAGACUGAAGCGAUCCGGGACAUGAGACUUUAAACCCACAGCCAACUAGGGUGGCUUUCCGGAUGAACAUAGAGUUUAUCAUCCAAACUAAGACACUGGAAAGUGAAAUGGAAGGCUAUUGAUAGGGUGUAUGUUGGAGACAUCCAGGGAGCCUGAGAGGUGCAGUCCCAUCCAUAUUAGACUAUAUCUGUUCCUGGUUCCAAUUCCAGAAACUGGUGUAUUGUGUGGCCAAGGCAGGAGACCUUCCCUUAUCCAGGACCCUGCGAUGGUGACGAACUAAGGGGACAAUGGUUGUGCUGAAAAUGCUAACUAAACAGCUCAAAUAUAAGCUACAUUACCCAACUACAGACAAAACCUUCCUCGGGGCACCAGCAAUGCAGGGGACAGCUAUCAUGACAAUAAGAAAAGUUAGAAAUUUGCAACAGAAAUAUCCAGCAAGUAUCUAUUUUAAUUUAGGCACAUAUAUGUUUUGCGCCGUUUGGGAAAGUAAAAAUUCCUUUAAAUGAGUUUGGAUGUAGCUGAUACCAACAGUGCAAGAAGCCAAACAAGCUUUUCAACACUUUGUGUUUUGGAGGGGCCCCAGUUGGGCCCCGCUAAGGGUGGGGUGCACUUGGCCCUGUAACACGAGGUUGGUGUUUGUUUGCCUGUCUGGGUGUCCCACUGAGGCUCGGCAGUCUGUGCUGCCACCAACGUGCUUGUGACUGUGGGCCCCGCAGCUAGUCCGGGAUGGAUUGGGGUUUGAACGCAAGUCCUCUGCAAAGGCCAUACUCUUUUGUUAAUGGGGGUAAUUCUCACGCUCUCUCACUAACCAUAAUGCAGAGAGAACGUUAUCAAAUAGGAAAUAGAGGAGAAAGGAAUGGAGUCUGUCCGGAUGGCUGGAGGGCAGAGAUAGUAGAUGCGUACAAGUCCUUGUCCAUCCACGGAGCAUGGCUGUCUGCCACUUCCUGGGGUCACUUAGAAUGGAUUCCCAAAGAGGAACUCGGUUGUUAGCAGGCUCUAAUGCUUGAGGUCAGGAGUCCUGAAAAUGUUUGUGUAAGUAUUUAUUGCCUUGAAACCUUGAGACCGUCAGCAGAGGGAAGGAUAUAAAUGGAGCAGGAAGAUAGAGGACAGUAGACAAAGGAGCCCCGAGUUCAGCCCGCUGAGCCCCUGCUGGUGCUAAAACCAGCUGAGAAGCACGGUGCACGCUCUUACUCCAGACAUGCGUGUGGUCCACAGAAGAGGCCAGCCCUGCAUGUGUGAUGCACAGGGAGAUGUGCAGGGCUGGCUGGCCCCCAGGAGUGCCUUUUCUUCUGUAGACGCCAGCCUCCCUGCCCAGUAUUUCUGGGAAUUACACGAACUCCAGUCCAACCACAGUCCCUCGUGGUGGUUUAACCAACAGGAAAUCUCCAUCACUAAGCAAAUCAGAAGAGCAAAUAAAACUCACCCCGUUUCCCUCUGGAACAACUUAGAACCAACUGCAUUUUGAAGACAGAGAAGCUGUUAAACUUGCAGGAAGAGUUGUUAGCAAAUGCCAACUUGUGCGGUUUCUGUGUCAGAGUGGGAGAUUCAAACACAAAACCAAAAAGAGUAUCUAGAAGGUAGGAUGGAAACACACCUAGAUAGGGGCAGCGAUAAGAAGCCUCCUGCACUUCGGAGGCUUCUGAAUAUGAAGUGCUUUGAUUGGCAGGAAAACAAAUGGGGAAGAAAAGGCAAAGUAAUUAACUGAAAGUUUUCGUGUGUAGUUUCAGGUUAGAACAGAGGAUGAGAAACACAUCGUUCCCCACGGUAGAAUUUUAGGGGGGUGGGGAGGAGAAGGACAGAACUCCACCCGAGUGUGGAGUCAACCUGAGGAGCUGCAAUGGUAAGGAUGCUUCCGGAAGCAGGUGCACUUCUUGGCUAGUUUUAAUCCUUCAAAAAGCACUGCUUGGUGAGAUAAUUAAUGCUUUGCUUCAGCCACACCUGAAGGAGCUUUGGCGGAGAGAAGAGGCCAAGAGCUCUGGGCCCAGGGACAGAGCCCCAGCUGUUUCUCCAGUGCCCACCACGCGAGGAGAGCAGCAGACUGCCAGUGGAGAGCAGGGGCGAGGCAAGGAGGGCACGACAAACAGGAAGCCCUUAACCAGAGACACGUCGGGAAAGGAGAGUUAGAGCGAGCAGAACUCACAUCUCAAGGGCCUUCCGUGGUCCCUUCGUCACCUCCAAAGCAAAUGCCCGAGGUCAAAGAAGAGGUAGAAGUGAAGGGAAGGCCAAACCCAGCAGCAGUCCACACGGGUGGAGCCUUCUAGCCUUGGGAGCCCGAGGCCCCUCCCCCUGCCCUCAGUCUCUGCUCCAAUGUCAAGUUCUCAGCAAAGACUUCCUGGGCCUUCCUGUCUAAAAGGACCAGUCUCCCAAACGGUUUCCAGAGAUGGAUUAUCUUGCUUUCUUCUUGGCUAUUGUUCACAUAUACAGAGCUCUAUGUGAAGAGAUGUUCUGGGACACGACUGUUAAACUGGCUGAGAAUAUGAGUCUAGAAUGCGUGUACUCAUCACUGGACACCUUAACCCAGAUGGAGUGGUUCAAGAUCAAUACCACGGACAGAGAGUCCAUAGCCAUAUUCAGCCCUGCCUAUGGUGUGAUUAUAAGGACACCCUAUGCUGAUAGGGUUUACUUCUUAAAUUCUACCAUGGCUCCUAAUGAUAUGACCCUGACCUUCCAUAAUGUCUCUGAGGCUGAUGUUGGCUACUACUCCUGUUUACUUCAUACUUUCCCAUAUGGCCAUUGGGAAAAGGUGAUCCGGGUGGUUGCAUCAGGCACAACAGCACAUCGGUUGCCUGAGAGUAUAAGCCCCUCUCCCCCAGAAAUCCUAGCCUUUCUUAACCACAGUCAGGACAGCAUAAGAUAUUUUGAUGAUUUCGACAUAGCUGUGCCCUCAGAUAGCCACACGGUCUCAGAACCUGGAAAAAAUAUCACACUCUCCUGUGAGCUUCCAACAAAGUGGCCAGUACAACAAAUUACCUGGGAAAAGAUCCAGCCCCAUCAGAUUGACCUCUUGACCAGCUGCAACUUGUCCCAAGGGAAAAUCUAUACUUCAAAGUACCAAAGAUGGGUGUCGAGUGACUGUAGUCCAGGAAUGACCAGCACCUUCAUCACCAUGCCCCAGGCCGUGGUCUCUGACUCAGGGCUCUACCGCUGUGGUUUCAGUGCUGGAACGGGAGAAAAUGAAACCUUUGUGAGGAGGUUGACUGUAACUGAUGGUAAAAUGGAUAACCAAUAUACCCUCUUUGUGGCUGGAGGAACAGUUUUAUCGUUGCUGUUUGUAAUCCUAAUGACCGCCGUCAUUGUCAUUUCUUAUAGAAGGAGAAGGAGACAGAACAGAGGACUGUUUAAAGAGCACAGAAAUAAGGAUGCACAGAACAAGGCAACCAACAACUACAGAAAUCCCAUCUCUACCAAUCAGUCAUCGGAUUGUGCAAGAGAAGAUAUUUAUGUCAACUACCCAGCCUUCUCUCAUAGACCGAAGACUAGAAUCUAAGCUUUUUCCUGGAUCUGAGCAAAACUUAUGGUGACUGUUACGUACAUGGAUCUUAAUGUAAUUUCUUCCCACUACUCAGUGCCUAUCCAGGAUACCAGUUAGCUACAUUUAUUUAAUUUGAUAGUAAAGAUAAUUUAUUACCUAGAGAACAUUCUUAACAGAAAUGUUUCAGAAAACCUGACUCUAAUUAGCUUAGACAUGAAGGGAAACUUACUGAAUCAUGUAAUGGAACCAUCCAGGGGAGAUGAAGCUUCAGGCAAGGGUUAUUCACCAAGGUUUAAAUGUCUUGUCUAGAAUUAAGUAUGGGCAUACACCUGCUUCUGGAUUCCCUUUUGUGGUAUUGGAUCCACUUUAUUGGUAUUAGCCUCUUAUUCAGGCAUUUCCCUUGUGUUUCUAAAAAUCCUUGGCAAUUCACAAUCCUUGUUUCUCCCUGGUGGAGAGGUUACUUCUCUGAUAGAGCAAACAGAUUUGGUUAUUUGUGCAGCAUUAAACAGGCAACAUGGCCAAAAGAGAUGGAAUCAAGGGUUUAAGUCAAGGGUUCACCUCUAGACCCAGGAGUGAGGCCAAAGCACAUUACUGGGAAAUUCAGAGUAUCAUUAGAUGAGGGAGACAGGGCCCGGAAGCUGAACUGGUUACCAACAAAUGUGAACAGCAGUGCCGUUCUGAGACAUCUCUUGUUAACCAACUAAAAAGAGAAUAUGUGGAUGGGUGUGAGUUAGCUCUCCCUCUCCUCACUUUAAAAUCUGCUAUAUCAGCAGAGUUCAGAGGAGUACUUGGUAGCAGAACAAAUGAAUGGUCAAGAGGAAGAUAAAUGUGACAGGGAAAUCUCUUCCCUUUGUAUUAUCAAAUAAAGUAAUCUCUGAUCCUGCAUAGAAUUCUUGCCCCUCUCCCUGGCCUAGCUUUAAGAGCAAGUGUAGCAGAAAGUCCAAUAGUAACUUAAUGUUUUUGAAUUUUUCCACUGUUGAGAAUUAUUUAAAAAAAUUUUUUUUAAAUGUCCACUUAUUUUUGAGAGGUGAGGGGAGGGGCAGAGAGAGGGAGGCACAGAAUCUGAAGCAGCCUCCAGGCUCUGAGUUGUCAGCACAGAGCCCCAUGCAGGGCUCAAACUCACAGGAUGUGAGAUCAUGACCAGAGCCACCCAGGUGCCCCAAGAAUUAUUUUUAAUAUGUAUAUCCUCUCAGAAGAGUCAGGCAUCUAGGCAUGAUUGAUUUUUUUAAAUAACUAUGUGAAAUCUGAAUAUGAGAAAAAGAAUGUUAGCUGAGUGUGGUUUGGGUUGUAGGGUAGAAACGUGGGGGGAGGAAAUACUAGAGUGCUAUAAGGAAGGAGGAACAGGGAACAAAGAAUGGAAACAUACAGACAGAAACUUGUCUUGCUUCAUAGUUUGGCCAAAGACAACCCUAGUGAUGUCACUACAGAGCCAUUAGUGGCCUUAUGCCAUUGUCCAAAUUCUAGGCGGAGGCCAACAAUGAAAAGUAUUUAUGAAACUAAAUAAUGAUCAUGGCCACCUUGAAAGCGCAAUGGUCGUUACCAAAGACACGGAUCACUCAUGUCUCAAAUGUAUUUAUUACUCAUCUCUAAAAGAUUCGUCACAAAACUGCAUCAAAGGAUCAAAGUUGUAGACUUUUUUGUGAUAAUUUUAAGUGAACCCAAACCAAACUCUCUCUGUUAUCUAGGCAGAUUCUAAACUGUAAUUUACAGUUUUAAGCAAGUCAGUCGGUGUUUUAUGAUUAUACCUUAACUCCUCUGCAUGCUAGAUAGUGCAAUAACUCUGUGAAUUACAGAAAUUGAGUGCUCUACCUGUUUCAGAAGGGAAGAAGUAAAAAUGACUGCUUCUCAAUUGUACUUACAUCCAUGUAUUUAGCUGUUAUUUUUAUUUUGUUUGCUUAAAGAUCUUUAUAUCUAGAUUCAUGAGGUAUUUCCAGAAAUAUAUAACACAGUCGGAAGGUAGUUUACAAGGAAACAAUUCUACUAUUUUGUUAACUAUAUCAGAUGUAUAAAAGUUUCCAUGGCUGAAUCUGUCAGUUUGCAUGGUGAAGAAAACUUAGCAUCAUUUAAAAGAUAAACGAUUUCUUUUUCCUAAAAGUCAAAGACAAUCAAAAUGACUUUCUGGAAGAUUCUGAUGACCAAAUUCUCAAUGACAGAUAUGAGUGAGAAGUAAAACAUUUCUACCAUUGCAAUAUGAAAUGUGAAUGGAAAUGUGAAUCCCACUUUAACAGAGAAAAUGAUCACGGGGGUGUUAGGUGCACAGUUCAGCCAGAGACAGCCGUCCUGGUGGUUUCACUCAUGGAAGACUUUUGUAGUAGGGCUUCUAGAACAUUUGCAACCUGUUUUCCCAUGGAUGCUUUACUUUCUCCUUAAUCUGUCACUCAAAAUAUUUAUGAGGACUAUAUACUCUGCCCUUCUUCUUCCUGUAUUCUUCCUCUGCAGAGCUCGGGAUCUUUCAGGGAUCUGGAACCCUUCUAAGUCCUCCUGGAAUUUCUCUGAACCCCUUGCUGGUCCUGUUACACCCUUAGCUGUUCAUGCCGAUGAAAUUCUACUCACUGAUUUUCUUUCUCUGGACAUCUUUACUUAUUAGCAAAGCACUUUCAUGGUUGUCUGUUUAAUAGUAUUCCUAAUUUGCUAGAGUUUUGUAACUCUAUGUAAUAAAUAUAUAACUAUACCUACUAUACAUAUACUACAUGGUAUAUAUAUAGUAUACUGUGCGUGUGUGUGUGUGUACACAAUGUAUAUAUAUUGUGUGUGUAUGUGUAUGUAUGUGUGUGUGUGUGUCUGUGUGUGUGUAUUUCCCCCUAAUCUGUUGUACCUACUAUUACGGUUGUCACUAAGGAAACAGAUCAAAACAGAUCCGCAGAAUAAAAGGUCAGAAUUGAAUUAAAUUAUGUUUUAAAUCUUUUUUGAAAGGUGCUACUUAGGAAGGAAGAUGCUUCCUAAGAUUCUUUUUUACACAUAUAAUUUAUGAUAUGUAAUACGUUACAUAAAAAUCUGUGUUUCCUUUGAAUGCCAUUAUUUGAAUAUUUACAUGAAAGAAACUGAUUAAAGGGAAGUGCUGUGUGAUGACGAGGUAGGUAAGUUUGUUAAAUGUCAUUAAACAGUUUGGUCAGGGAAAGAAUGCAUGCCAUUAACUUACAAUGACUAGGUAUUGAUUAUAUUAUCGUCAGAGAGACCUUGAGACAUUAUUUAAAAGACUUUAUGCACACUGAGAAAAUAGCAUUGAAAUUUCAUUAGCUUGUAAUUAUGCUUAUGGAUGGAAGACAAUGGAUGAAGCUACAUUCUUUAGUUAUUAAAUAUCAAAUUCAUAGGAUAUUUUAAGUAAUUCCAUUUAUUACUAAAAUAUACAUAUAACUUUAAAAUACAUUGGUUAUCAGUUUACAAGACAGAGAAAGAUAAAAAUAACUUCAAUAAGUUUACUUUCACUGUAAACAUUCAAGUGAUAUUGGUUUAUAUAGAACUAUGUUAAAUAACACCUACAGUUACAUUAUAGUAAUUUGUAGAGUCCACACUGUAAUUAGAAAUUGCUGUAAUCAAAAUGCUUCUCCUGGAUUUAUAAUAAUGUGCUAUAUAUUCUCUGCUGCUUGUGUGAGAUUUCAGCAAGAUUGGAGGUAUUGUACAAGUGGAUGUUUAUAAAGUUCAGGUCGAGGCACUAAAACUGUGAGUGCGGUAUUCAGCUACUUUACACAAUAGUGUAAAAUGACACAAACCUGUAACACUAUUAUUUAUCAACAUUAGUUUGGCCACUAGUAGAAUGUGGUGCCUAGAAAGUGUUGACCUUCACAUUCAGGCUUUCGCAGAAAUUAAUAUAUUUUUCCACUAGUCUUUUCACUGGAAUUAUUCUCCGCCAAGUUUCUAGGCUCUUAUACAUUUAUCUGAAAAAUAAAAACCAGUGGUUUUUAAAAACUUUUCUAUUGCUAGUGACCCGUAUGCAGAACGGUGGCUUCUAGAUUUCAUCACAAAGCUUUCUAAGGGAAUUUUACAAAUCUUCAGGGUUGGUUUACAUAUUACAUAGUAUUCCAGAUUCAAAGCACUAACUGUGUUGUAAGAUGUUGUAAUAAAAGACCUAAUCUGGGGA